AUGACAAUUGCAAAACAUUGGAAAUACAACGACAACGAGGACAUUGUGCUAACACAACUAAAGGGGUUAAUUGCGUCCAAUCCCUUCGUCGAGCUUAUUGUUGAUGAGAAAGUUGUUUUUAACCCUCAUUCAGAUACUUCUAAAAAAAUUACCCUUAUAAGUGGUGGUGGGGCAGGGCACGAGCCUCUACAUGGUGGGUACGUCGGAGAGAACUUGUUAGAUGCUGCAGUGAGUGGCCACAUAUUUGCAUCACCCUCGACAAAACAGAUUAUGGCUGCUAUCAAGAAAAAGUCAGAUAAAUCGAAGGGGACCGUUAUCGUUGUCAAAAACUAUACAGGUGAUGUAUUACAUUUUGGAUUGGUUGCUGAGCGAGCAAAAAGUGAAGGAUACAAGGUUGAAUUAGUGGCUGUUAGUGAUGAUGUCGCUGUAGGAAGGGAGCAAAACAAGAUGGUGGGAAGAAGAGGUUUGGCAGGAACUGCAUUGGUGCAUAAAAUAUUGGGAGCGGCUUCUGCAGAGGAGAAUUCAGAGUUGAAAGCAGUGGCUGAUUUAGGCCACACCGUGAAUGAGAACUUGGUGACUUUAGCUGCUAGUUUGGACCGUACAUCUGUUCCUGGUAAGGCAGAGCAAGACAUUGAGUUUAAUGCAAGCGACGAAGUUGAAUUGGGCUUGGGCAUCCAUAAUGAACCAGGAACUAAAAUUAAGCCUAUUCCCAAAUUGGAUGAUUUGAUCAAAGACAUGCUUCACAAAUUGUUAUCCGCAGAGGAUAAAGACCGUCAUUAUGUUGACUUUGAUUCAAAUGAUGAAUAUGCGCUUCUUGUGAAUAAUAUUGGGGGCACAUCCUCAUUUGAGUUGUACGCUAUCACUGAGCAUAUCUUACAGAAUUUGCCAUUGAAGAAGAAGCCAAAGAGAAUUUUAGUUAGCGAUUUCGUUACAUCAUUCAAUUCACCUGGGUUUUCAAUCACACUACUUAACUUGAGUAACAUUGACAAGAAAAAGAUUGCGUAUUCUUCGAAGGAUGUUUUACGGUUUUUGGAUACUCCAACAAAUGCACCAGGCUGGAAACCUAAAUUGUACCCCUCAGAAGACUGGGAUGAUCAACUGGAGAGGUUUGUCGAGUCACCAAUGAAACAUCAGUCAUUGUUGACCUCUGAUUUGAAAGUUGACGCAAACUCCUUUGAAAAGCAGUUGAGGAAUGGUUUGGAAAAUUUACUAAAGGAAGAACCAAAGAUUACCCAUUAUGACACUUUGGUUGGUGAUGGUGACUGUGGUGAGACAUUGGCCGCGGGUGCUAACUCAAUUCUCAAAGCCCUCAAGGAAAAUUCACUGUUCAAGGAACAUUUGUCGGACCCAAUCGCUACACUUUCACGAAUUACCGAGUUUGUAGAGGAUAGCAUGGGUGGAACAUCUGGUGGAAUAUACUCUAUUUAUUUAACAGCGUUGGUUCAGUAUUUGAAACUGGCGGAUAAAGUUGACAGUGCAGCAGUUGCAAAUGCUUUUUACAAGGCAUUGCAUGAUGGGUUGUUCAAGUAUACAAAGGCUAGAGUUGGCGGCAGAACAUUGGUUGAUACUUUACAACCAUUUGUCGAUACGUACCACGAGACAAAGGACUUGUCGAAAGCUGUUGAAUCUGCACGCAAAGGUUGCGAAGAAACAAAGAAUUUAGAAGCUUCAUUUGGUAGAGCAAGUUAUGUUGACAAAAAGGAGUUUGAAGCUGAAGGCGGAAUUCCCGACCCGGGUGCUGUUGGGUUGCUCGCUCUUAUACAAGGAUUUACUAAGUGA